AUGAGCUUCACCCUUCCGCCCCUCAAGUACGCCUACGAGGCCCUCGAGCCCUACGUGGACACGGAGACGAUGAAGAUCCACCACACCAAGCACCACCAGGCCUACAUCAACAACAUCAACAACUACAUUGCUGGGGAGCCCUCGCUCGCCGGCAAGUCGAUUGUCGAGAUCGUCAAGACGGCCACGGUCCCGGCCGUGCGCAACAACGGCGGUGGCCACUACAACCACACGCUCUUCUGGACGUUCAUGGCGCCGCCGGGCACGAGCCAGGCUGGCCCCACGGGCGAGCUCAAGGCCAAGAUCGAACAGGCGUUCGGCUCGGUCGAUGCCAUGAAGGAGAAGUUCAACGCCGCCGCGUUGACGCGCUUCGGCUCGGGCUGGGCGUGGUUGGGUGUCAAGGCCGACGGCACGCUCGCCGUCUCGUCGAGCGCCAACCAGGACAACCCGUUGAUGCCCAACUCGGAGGUCCCGAUGAUCCCGAUCCUCGGCCUGGACGUCUGGGAACACGCCUACUACUUGCAGUACCAGAACCGCCGCCCGGAGUACAUCUCGGCCUUCUGGAACGUUGUCAACUGGGACAAGGUUGGUGAGUACUACACCAACCACGCCUCCAAGGGCGAGGCCGUCCCGAUCUGA